CCGCGGCCGCCUCUGGCGGGCCGCUGACGGCGGCCGCUGGCCGUGGCGCUGGUGGCGCCCCGGCCGACGGGACCGCGCUCAGCAUGCUGAACGCCGUGGUCGCGAACGGAUGGCUGGCGGGGAUGGGGAACCCCGGGAUGCCCUACCAGGGCGGCCUCGUGGGCGGCGCGUGGGGCGACUGGGCGCGGUACACGGGCUCCCUGCUGCGCGCCUUCGUGAGCGAGUCGGACAUACAGGUGCCUGGGUGCUUCUGGAACCCCGCUGGCUUCACGACGGACGGUGACGCCGCGUCCACCGCGGCCGCCGCCGCCGCCCCCGCCGCCGCGGCCGCCUCGGGCGGGCCGCCGCCGCCGCAGGCGGAGGCAGUGGCAGCUGGCCGUGGAGCAGCUGGCUCCCCGCCGCGCGCCUUCGAGGGCGCGUUGGGCGUGCCGGCGCCCGUCGGCCACUGGGACCCUCUCGGCCUUGCGCAGGACUGUGACGCGGAUGUCUCCUACAGGAGGAGGUGCACCGAGAGCAAGCACGGCCGCGUCGCCAUGUUGGCUGCCAGGGGGUACAUCGCCCCAGAGUUCCUCCGGUGGCCGGGAGGUGUCGCCUGCGAUGGACUUGCAUUCGAGGCCCUCAACGGGAUCAAGGGGGACGGCAGCGCGGUCCCUGAGAGGAGGAUGCGCUCCCUGAACGCGGAGCUGCCCAACGGCCGCCGAGCCAUGAUGGCCAUCAUCGGGAGUCUCCUCCAGGACGGCCUCACAGGCUCCGCCCGGGGCGAAUGGGCGACCUACACGGAUCCGCCGCCGCGCGCCGUUGAGAGCGUGUGGGGCCUGGAGACGCCCGUCUCGGCCACUGGGACCCGCUCGGCCUUGCAAAGGACGGCGGUGCGGGCGUCGUCUACAGGAGCAGGUGCACCGAGAUCAAGCACGGCCGCAUUGCCACGUGGGCCGCCAUGGGGUGCAUCGGGACGGACAUCUUCCUGUGGCCGGGAGGUGUGGGCAGGCUCAGCAGGACCGAUCCGGGCGUCGGAAUGUUGUACUUCGGGGCCCUCGGCUGGUUCAAGGGGGACGUCAUCGAGGACCCUGAGGAGAACAAGCGGUCCCUGAGCGUGGAGCUGGCCGAAGGCCGCCUGUGGCCGGGAGGUGUCGCCCUCGAAGGGCCUGCGCGUUCGUCCGAGCUGGGCAGGUCUUCAGCCUCGGAUCCGUUCCAGCAGCGGCGCCUCGCCGAGGACAGUCCGGGGCUGCCCAGAUCGCCCCGAACGGCCGCCAGGGGCCCAAGUUACGGUACGAGGCUUCCGAGGGGCCUGAGCGUUCCUGGCCAGUUGUCCUCUCACAGCGCCAGGAAGGACGAGCCUUCAGCUCGAGAACCAGAGACUGACACAUCGAGCAACCACAGAGGUGAAGAGCCGUUGGAUGGUCGAGGUACAGCUCCUUCUUCCUAUCAGCGUGUGGCGCGAGCACAAGCUAUCACAUUGCCUGUCGCCGGGACUGUCGGCCACCACCUCACCUCCCAUUGCUCCUCCCCUGACAACAGUACCUCGAGGGCG